AUGUCUCAAGAACAAUCCGUCAUCCACCCUGCUACCUCUUCGAAAACCGGCACAUUCUAUUUCGCUUUUGGAAGUAACCUGUCACCAUAUCAAAUGUCCAUUCGGCUGCGACACAAUCCUUCCUCGAGCGUCCCGGUCGCCAUCGCUCGGCUCGAUAGUCAUGCUUGGAUCAUCUGCCAACGAGGGUAUGCGAAUGUGGUAGCACUGCCUCCGUCUAAUGCAGCCACUGACGACAAUACUGUAUGGGGGAUCAUAUACAACAUGGAUCCUGUCGAUGAAGCCCGACUGGACAUGUUUGAAGGACACAACGAAGCAAGGAACCCCGACCCGCAGGUCAACCCCGACCCUGCCACGCAGCAUAUCAAACAGUAUCUGCAGGGAGGCUGGGAUUAUAACAAGCAUUACCUGCCCGUGACGGUCACCAAGUGGCUGCAAGAUCCCAACCAGUAUGGAGUCGGUGUGCCGGACUGGGAGCGUCCUGGUCCUCAGAACACGACGAUCCGUGCUCUCGUAUAUGUUGAUGAAUUCCGCACCAAGCCUGGGAAAAUAGCACAGGAAUAUAUCGGCAGGAUGAACAGGGCGAUAGACGAAUCCGUACAGCUGGGGUUGCCACAAGCUUGGGCUGACAAUGUCAUGCGCAAGUUCAUUCCCGAGGGCAUCUAUGUGGACGACCAUGGUUAUGUCGGGACAGAGGAUGGCUACGUGGAGGCUGAAGCAACGGAGGCUAGCGAACAUGUCACGGAGGCCACAGUAAGGGAGCGGAACUGA